AAACCCAUUCCAUCUCAUAGUUCUUCAAACUCGCCGAGAGACUACAUGAAUCUUGCCAGAGAAUGAUCUGCCCAGAGAAUCAUCAUGGCAGAGAAACUGAAAGCAAUAAGAUGCACAAGGACGACUUGAUUCAGUUUAUCCAGAGGAAAUCUCAGGAGUGUCUGCUCCAUGUUGAUGAACCUAACCAAAGGGAAUCCUAUUUCUUCUGGAACAUUAUGGACUUGUUCUGUAAACACGAUGGAAACGCAACGAUGUCAGAAGUGGCUAUAGUCCUCUUCACGGGCUACAGAUUUUUAAAGAAAACGGCAUCUAAGCUCAGAGGUUUUCAGAAUCAGGAGGACUGGUGCCUUCCUCUGGCAAGACUUUUAUGUGCUGCUGUGCCAGACGAUGAGCACAGGAAAGCUGUGAUUGACAUGGGAGAUGAUCUUGCCUCCAAAGGACUGACUUAUGCAGCGCAUCUCUGCUAUUUGGUGGCACGUAAGGAAUCCGGCUUUGAUCUGAUUGGAUGCGAGAGCUUUCCAGACAGAUUAUCAGCCUUGACUGAAGCCAUCGAGCGAACAGAGGUUUAUGAAUACGUGAUGGGCCUGAACUCACGGUUCACAGAGUCAGACCUCCAGGAGUUGAAGUUCCUUGACGCCAGCAAGCUAUUCGAGUCUGGACUUUCUGCUCAAGCCCUCGAUUACUGCGAGACCAUUGCUAAAGUAGUCACCCCCUUCCCAGACAGCAUCGCAAACACCUCGUUGGACCUAAUUAUAAGCCGGUCUAAGAAAUUGCAUGACGGGAAGGGAGAAGAACCUGAAUGGUUGCUAAAUAUUCAGCUGCUGCACGAAGAAGAAGCAGAUCUUUCAGAUUCUUAUAUUGAUCAAGAACAGCGCACUGAGACGCCACCUUCUCUUGAAGUGCCCGCUGCCGAAGAGGGUUACUCCGAUAGAGCACAAGAGCACAAGGCUUUUUUAACAGAGGAGGUUAUUUCACGGUACUAUAUAGGAGAGCUACUGGGGGAAGGAGGCGGCGGUGCUGUGUAUGCAGGAGUUCGCAAAGCAGAUAACACCGAGGUUGCUGUUAAAUUUAUCAUCAGAGAUGAGUACCAUGGAAUGAUGACCACUCCCGACAACACAUCGCUCCCUACAGAGGUGUUAUUGAUGCAGAUAUUGUCCAAGCCGAUUCCCAAUCCGAAUGUGCUGGUGCUGCUGGAAUGGUUUGAGAUACCCGAUUUCUUUGUCUUGAUCCUGGAGCGACCCAGUCCCUGCAUGGACCUCCAACAAUUCUGUGAUACUCUUCACAAUGGUAAACUGUCUGAACCCCUGGCUCGAGACAUCAUGCUACAGUUGGUUAAGGCUGCUCUUCACUGCUAUGACUGUGGAGUUUAUCAUACUGACAUCAAGACUGCGAAUGUCCUCAUCAACACCGAGACGCUACAAAUUAAGUUGAUAGAUUUCGGCAGUGGCUUUUUGCUUAAGGACACCCCUUGCAGGGAAUGCCCAGGCAGUAUGAACUACUUCCCUCCUGAGUGGUUACAACAUAGAGAGCACUUUCCUCAACCUGCUACUGUCUGGACUCUGGGCAUAAUCCUUUAUGAGCUAAUGCAUGGAGACCUACCCUUUCAGUCAGCUGAUGAGAUUACUAAAGGAUGCCUACACUUCACUCCUGGUGUGUCUGGAGAUUGCUGCGAGCUGAUAUCAUGGUGCCUGCAGCAAGACCCUAAUUCUCGGCCAAAUUUCAGGGAAAUCGUUAAGCACAGGUGGUUUACAGCAGGACAGAGCAAUUUCGAGAGCUUUCCUGUCCUUGGAGGUCUGAUAACACCGCUAUUACAAUUUUUGUACAGUUACAUAGAAUAGAUCUAUAUAAAAAAAACAACAACAAUAACUUUAAUAAAUUUUACAUCAUUAAUAAGUUUGAACAAAAUUGUUGUUUUGAAUU